AUGUCCACAUCUCUUAAGAGAAAGAGGGCCCCCUCGAAAAAGGCAGCUGGGAAGAAAAAUAAGAAAAGUUUAGACAUGGAUUCUGAUUUAAGUGAAGGCAGUGGUGGUGAAAAUAACGUUCAGCCUGAUGAAGUCCUCAUAGCCGGAGAUGGGGAUAUCAAUGAAACCCCUCUACCAAAAGAAUUGUUAAAUACCAUGAUCAAACCUGCUGGUCAGCUAAUCUUUUUCGGAAAUAUUAACUGGGACACGAUGGGGAAGAGGGAAGUAAAAGGACAGAAAAUUUUGCCCAUGUUGUACUGGCCCCACAGGUUUACUGAUCUAAGGAUUCGUUUAGUUGUAAGUGGAUGUGUGGCAGGUCAUUCCAUCCUAGUCACAGAAGACGGCAAAGCAAUGACUUUUGGCAGAAAUCCUCAAGGUCAACUAGGACUGGAUGAUACUGAAUCCAGGACAACACCUACUUUGGUACCUGGACUGGAGAACAUGAACAUUAUAGGUGCUGCAUGUGGUCGACAUCAUUCAUUGUUUUUGACAGACAGUGGAACUGUCUAUGCAUGUGGAGAUAAUAAGUCAGGUCAAUGUGGCGUAGGAAACUUACAACCCCAAAUUUUAGUACCAACAAGGAUCAAUUAUAGAGGACCUCCUAUAAUAAAAGUAGGCGCUGGCGCUGAAUUUUCUGUUAUUCUUGACAUCAAAGGUGGUCUCCACUCAUUUGGCUUGCCCGAAUAUGGCCAACUUGGACAUAAUACUGAUGGCAAAUACUUUAAAACUAGCACCAAACUGUGCUUCAACUAUCAAACCAGUCCAAAGCGCAUUGUUCUAUAUAUAGAGAAGAGUAAAGAUGGACAUGUUUCAGCUGUGGAUGUCACUGAAAUAGUCGACUUUUCGUGUGGUCAGAACCACACUGUCGCUAUUGACAGCAAGAAGAGGGCAUUUUCAUGGGGAUUUGGAGGAUUUGGAAGGCUGGGACAUGCGGAGCAGAAGGAUGAGAUGGUACCUCGUCUUAUAAAAUAUUUCGACAGCCAAUCCAGAGGCGUGCGCUCAGUUCAUUGCGGUUCAACAUACUCGUUAGCCGUGACAGAGUUCAAUGGUCUCUACAUGUUUGGUCAAACCAAAAAAACCGGAGAGGCCAACAUGUAUCCUAAGCCCAUCCAAGAUCUUGCUGGUUGGAAUAUCAAGUGUAUAGGCACCGGCCAAACCUCCAUUAUCGUCGCCGCUGAUGAAAGCGUUAUUGCAUGGGGGGCCUCACCUUGCUAUGGGGAACUCGGCUUGGGGGAUAUGCAGAAGACGAGUACUACACCAAAAGAAGUCAACAAACUGUCUGGUGCAAAAGUGACGAGCCUCACCAUGGGCAUCUGUUUCACCCUUCUCGUCGCAUCAGACGAAACCCCCGAACAAAAACAAAAAUUGGAAGCGUUGAAAGAGUAUACACCUUAG